AAUUAUUUAAAAAAAGUUUAGAGGGAGAGAGAGGGAGAGUUGUUAAAAAAAGUUUAGAGAGAGAGGGGAUUGACUUUAAAUAUACAGUGUUGAGAGAGAAAGAGGUAGAGAAAUGGGGAACGGGAAUGAGGAUAUGCUCCCUCUCUAUGAGACUGUGAAAACAAGAGGAAGAUUUGUGUAUAGGAUCUUUGCUGUAACCUUUUUUGGUGCUGUUUUGUUGAUUUUGUAUCACAGGUUGACUCAUGUGCCACAAGGUGCUAAGUGGCUAUGGAUUGGCAUAUUUUUGUCUGAAACUUGGUUUGCUUUCUAUUGGGUUGUGAACCAGACACUCAGGUGGAGCCCCGUUCAUCGUCACACCUUUAAGGAAAGGCUUUACAAGAGAUAUGAAAAGGAGUUACCAGGUGUGGACAUAUUUGUGUGCACUGCGGACCCAUACAAAGAGCCACCAAUGCUUGUUAUGGGCACUGUUUUAUCACUCAUGGCCUACGAUUACUCACCUCACAAACUCAGUGUGUAUCUCUCUGAUGAUGGGGCCUCAGACCUCACGUUCUAUGCAUUAUUGGAGGCUUCCAAAUUUGCAAAACAUUGGGUACCCUUCUGCAAGAAGUUCGACAUAGAGCCAAGGGCCCCUAAGCGUUUCUUCUCCAUUUCAAAUUCAUCUAUGGACCAUCACAGUGAGGAAUGGACCACCAUCAAGAAAAUGUUUGAAGAAAUGGAAGAACGCGUUGAAACAGCAGUGAAGCUAGGAAGAAUCACUGAAGACAUUCGAUCUCAGCACAAAGGCUUUCUUGAGUGGGAUAAAAAACCAUUCACCUCUCGUGAUCACCCCCCCAUUGUACAGAUAUUAAUUGGAGGGGGAGACUUGAAAGAAUUGGACAGGGAUGGAGUUCCUUUGCCUACACUCGUGUAUUUGGCACGUGAGAAGACACCAGAGCGACCCCACAACUUCAAGGCUGGAGCCAUGAAUGCACUUAUUAGGGUUUCAUCAGUGAUCAGCAAUGCUCCAAUUAUUCUCAAUGUGGACUGUGAUAUGCAGUCAAACAAUUCAAAAUCAGUGAGGGAUGCUCUUUGCUUCCUAAUGGAUGAGGAAACAGGACACCACAUCGCUUUUGUGCAGUUCCCUCAAUCUUUCAGUAAUCUCACCAGAAAUGAGCUUUAUGAUGGCUUUAUGAGAGUAAUUUCAGCGGUGAAUAUGCCAGGCCUGGAUAGCCAAGGGGGGGCCCCUUACAUUGGGAGUGGAUGUUUUCACAGGAGAAGUAUUCUUGGUGGGAGGAAAUUUAGUGAGGGUAGUAGAGAAUAUUUGAGUGGUAAGAAUUGGGGUAAGAAUGAGGAAGAAGCUUGGACAUUGGAAGAGAGAAGCAAAGAUGUUGCCACUUGCACCUAUGAGUUGGGUACCGAGUGGGGAAUGGAGAUGGGAUUAAAGUAUGGAUGUCCAGUUGAAGAUAUCAUCACAGGUUUAUCCAUACAUUGUAGAGGAUGGAGAUCCGUAUACUGCAACCCAAGUAGAGAAGCGUUCAUGGGAGUUACUUCCACCACCCUAGCAGAUGCGCUUGUGCAACAAAAGAGGUGGUCCGAGGGUGAUCUUCAGGUCAUCCUCAGUCAGUAUUGUCCCUUCAUAUAUGGAUUUGGAAAAAUCAAAAUGGGCCAAAUGAUAGGUUAUAGCACCUUCUGCCUUUGGGCAGCAAAUUCAUUACCAACCUGGUGUUAUGCUAUUGUUCCCUCUCUUUGCCUCUUUAAUGGCAUCCCAUUGUACCCAAAGGUCACCAGCCCAUGGUGUAUGCCCUAUGCUUUUGUGGCAUUUAGUGCAUAUGGGUACAGCCUUUAUGAAAUGCUGUGGUCCAAAGGAACAGUCAAGUGCUGGAUCAACGAUGAGAGGAUGUGGAUGAUAAAAAGGGUGAGCUCCUUCCUCUUUGGGUUCAUGGACAACAUUUUUAGGCUUGUUGGUUUGGGAAAGAGUGGUUUUGAAAUCUCGAACAAGGCCUCUGAUGAGGAUGCAAUGAGGAGAUAUGAACAAGAGAUCAUGGAAUUUGGUGUUGCAUCUCCAAUGUUUGUCAUAGUGGCCACAUUGCCUCUCUUUAACCUAAUUGCAUUUGCAUUAGGCCUAAAGAGAGUUAUAACACAAGGAUCAUCAGCACUUGAUUCUUUGAUGGCUCAAUUGAUCCUUUCUGGGUUCAUUGUGAGCAUAUGUUUUCCGAUACUGGAGGCUCUGUUUAUCCGCAGAGACAAGGGACGCUUCCCGGCCUCAGUUUCCUGUAUAUCAAUUGUUUCGGCAAUGCUGAUCACAUGUAUUCCUAUAUUUUAGACAGAGAAUUGAGACAUGGUUUUCUGAGUGAAAGAGAUUCUGAAAUUGCGAGUCAGAGAGAUUGUGAAUUGUAGGUCGAUGAAUCAUGGCUCAAUAUGCUAGCAUUCUUAAUCUUGUGUAUGUUGUAAGCUUGUUGCUUUGUUUUAUGGCUAGCGUUAUGCUUGGUAUGAAUGCAAAAUGUAGACCGUGAAAGACA